CUUGUGCUGGUGAUUGGGGACUUUCACAUUCCGGAUCGCAGUGUUUGCAUUCACCCGGCUUUUAAGGCUCUCCUUUCACCGGGUAAAAUUCAUCAUGUAUGGUGCACUGGAAAUUUGACAAGCCGUGCAAUUUACGAUCAACUGAAAUUUAUAUGUGCCGACGUUCAUGUCGUCAAAGGGGACUUCGAUCAACUUCCUUUUCCGGAGACGAAAGUACUUACCGUUGGAAAUUUGAAGAUUGGUCUCACCCAUGGGCACCAAAUUGUGCCCUGGGGAAAUCGUGCUAGUCUGUCGAUGCUCAGAAGGCAACUUAAUGUCGACAUCCUCAUUUCUGGGCACACACACGCUGCGGAAGCAUACCAAUACGAUGGUGGUACCUUUCUGAACCCUGGGUCUGCCACUGGUGCUUUUACUCCUCUCCAAAAGGAUCCGCAGGCUACGUUUAUGCUGCUGGACAUACAAGAAAGCACCAUAAACCUCUACACUUACCGAUUGGUCGGCGAUGAGCACAAAGUUGAGCGAACUGAAUUUCCUCGAGUGCAGUAG